AUGGAAGCUGAUCGAAUCGGAGUGAUGCUGAUGGCGGCUGCUGGUUACGAUCCUGCUGAAGCCCCAAAGUUCCAAGAAAAACACGGUGACGCCAGGGAUGAUUUCCUGACGUCAACUCAUCCUUCUGGAAAGAAAAGAGCUAAGGCGUUACGAGAGGAUCAAGUGAUGAAGAAAGCCAAAUACUUGUAUGAUCAGGCUCGUGCCAGAACUAAUCCUGGAGUUAGAUUUCGUAUUUGGCCAAACGUGAAGAACUAG